AAAGAAACAAAAUACACAUAAAGGCUGCACUGAUCAGUCAGAGUCUCUAGCUAUAGUUGGGACGACAAGUGAUUACGGCUGGCAGUCCCCGUCCAUCACAUAUAUUUAUUCAGGCUCGUCUAUCCAUCCACGCUGGAUGCAUAGGGAACACGCGCGCCCGCGCUGGAGAACGUCGUCGUCAGUUUCGUUUUGACCGUUGACCUGAUGAGAAUUAUUCCGGUUCUUUUUUCGUGGAUUCUAGUUUGGUGAAAGUGUCGGUUCCCAAAGUUAAUGAACUGUAGUUUGUGAUUGUUUUGUGUGUCAGUUGUUUUUCUUUUUCUGGUGCUAAGUGUGAAAAGAUCUAGUGGAGAUCACGAUGAGUGAUCCGAACAAUUCAGCUGAUGAUGCAGGUAGCAGUUCUAGAUCCAGUUCUAACGAGGAUGGCUCUGCCGAAAGCAAUGGGAUUGGAAAACCACAAAACGAGUUUAAGGAGGAAAUCUUCAAAGAUAUGGCCAUCGACAAAAUGCGGGAAAAGAUGGACGUUAUCGUCCAAAAGUUGGAGCAGGACGUCGAACACAAGCUGGAGCUACUGGUGGACGAUCUCGUUAGCGAGGUAAAACUGUUCAACCUCAAAAACUACGAGCUGAGCCAGCUGUUUCGGGACACGAGUUCAUCCUCCAUCCAUCACCGAACGAAGUCCUCCUCAACCGAAACCCGGAAACGACGUUCGGAUGGAAAGCUACCAGACAAAGUGUUCGUGGCGAGGAAUUCACUGCUGACGGAUUUGUUCGAAGUGAAGCACAUCAAGACCAUUUACCACAUCUUCCUGGUUAUAUUGAUCAUUAUGUUCCUGAACACCGUGGUUCAUGACUUCGUCGAUCGAGGCACCAUCAAUUUGGGUCUUCGUCCCAUCGUAGCUGGAUUCGGAAAGUUCCACUUCAGUCUCGCAUUGUGGGCUUGCAUGCAGUUGGCCGUAUUAUGUGUGUAUCCAGCUUUCAGUUGUUGGGCUCGAGGUCGGAAUAUCUACACCAAUAGUCAGAAGCGUAAAAUCUGGGAUAUCGGGGCCAUUUUCGGAGCCAUCAUGUUUCAGUGUUCAUUCGUCACGCUGGUAAUCAAGGCCGUUCUACAAUUGGAUCUUCCUCCGGCAUCAUCCGUUGCUGUACUCAUGGAGAUGACGCGAUUCGUUAUGAAGGUACACGCCUUCGUUCGGAGUAACAUUCCACGUGCCCUUAAAUUCACCACUAAAAACUCUUCAGAGGACAAACCUCAGCACGCUAAACCCGUUCCACCGUUCGGCAAGUUCCUGUACUUCCUGUUCGCUCCCACCCUCGUAUACCGGGACGAAUAUCCACGCACCAAACGGAUUCGUUGGUCUGUAGUCUUCCGCCACAUGUUGGAAGUGAUCGGAGUGAUCUUCUACAUCAGUUUCAUCUUCGAGCGAUUCCUAACGCCGCUUUUUGACCGUUUCGGAGGAGCCGAAAUCAGUUCCGGGAAGUUUGUGCUAGCAUUGUUUGGAUGUGUCAUGCCCGGAUCGUUGUCGUUCCUGUGCGGCUUCUACUGCCUGUUGCAUGCCUGGCACAACGCAAGUUCCGAAUUGCUACGUUUUGCAGAUCGGAUGUUCUACCGGGACUGGUGGAAUGCCUCGUCGUUUGCGGAGUACAUUCGAUCUUGGAAUGUGGUGGUGCACGAUUGGUUGUAUACCUACAUCUACAAGGACUCGGUUGAGCACCUGUUCAAGAACUGUCGAUGGCUGGCGACCGUGUUGGUGUUUACGGCUUCGGCGGUGUUCCACGAGGUGAUCCUGGCGUUCGCCUUCCGAUUCUUCUAUCCGGUGAUGUUCGUGCAGUUCGAGUUCAUGGGACUGCUGUUGAUGUUCCUGACGAGGAAUCUGAGCAAAGAUGCCGGGAAUGUUCUGUUGUGGUUUAUGCUGUGCAUUGGGAACGGUAUUCAGCUGAGUUUGUACAAUAUGGAGUACUACGCUAGGAGGAACUGCCCGGUGAGUGGUGAAUCGUUGAUCGAUUAUAUGGUUCCGGUGUCAUGGUCGUGUCAUGGGAUCUCGCAUAACCCCAACUGGACGUUCACUGCUAUGGAAUAUUGAGUGGACUGUUUUUUCGGAGAUAGUUUAUUUUGCUACUUAGGUUAAUCUCAGUGAUAUUAAGAAGGAAAUUAUACAUAAUUUGAGCUACCUUUUGCUGGUAAGAGUAAUAAAUCCAAGACUGUUAACUGUA